GAUAUUUACUGGCAUGGUUUCAGCGAGAUUUUUUACACAGGAAAGGUGCAACAGUUAAACAUGUGUACUUUUCAUUAACUGGCUUUGGGCUAGCCUACUUCUGCUAUGGUAUCUAUGUGUACCAUUCAUUGAUUAGCAUCCUAGUCAACUAUUUAUUAUUAGCAGUCUUGGGUGGAACAUUACCAGUGGUUGUGGUGUCCUUUAUAUUUAAUCUGGGUUACCUUGUGAUAGCCUAUCUUGUUGUAUCUACUGAUGAUUAUGACAUCCUUUGGACAACUCCACAGUGCAUCAUGUGUUUACGGCUGAUUGGAUUGGCCUUUGACCUUUAUGAUGGCAAUCGACCUCAGGAAGAACUGUCGAAAGAACAGAGUCAAUUAUGCAUAAAGACGGCGCCAAGCCUUCUUCAGGUCACAAGCUAUACAUUCUAUUUUGGAGGUUAUUUUGUUGGUCCUCAGUUUGCGAUUCGCCGUUUCCAAGACUUUGUUGAUGAGAAGUUCCUGGCCAACACGGAUGGUAAACCUCCAGAUACGACUCUACCAGCCCUGAAACGUCUUUUCCUUGGAGUUGUGUAUGCGACUGUCCACACAAUUGUAGGUUCUAUGUUCACCACAGAGUACCUCACAAGCCAAGAAUUUGAUAACUCAUCUUUGCUAUACAAGGUGUUUUUUGUUGCUGUCUGGGGUAGAAUUUUAAUUGCAAGGUACAUUAGUGUCUGGCUAUUUGCUGAGGGGAGCUGUAUUCUGAGUGGUUUGGCUUUUAAUGGUCACGAUGAAUACAAUCAAGUAAAGUGGGAUGGAGUUGCUAAUGUCAGACUCAGAAUAUAUGAAACUACGUGGGCCUGGAAAGGAUGCAUCGAGUCAUUCAAUAUUAACACAAGUCAAUGGGCAGCAAGAUACAUUUACAAGCGAUUGCGUUUCCUAGGCAACAAGAUGUAUUCACAGGCUCUGACUUUGUUCUUCCUUGCUUUGUGGCAUGGUUACUUCAUCGGCUAUUUUGUCUGCUUCUUCUUUGAAAUGCUCUGUGUUCAGCUGGAAAAUCAUGUCACUGCUUUGGUUGCAAAGAGUCCCCGUCUACAGAACUUUUUCAGUCAUCCAGUGGUGAGACCAAUAGCAUUCGUCUGUUCUCGCGCGUUAACAAUUUCUGUGAUGGGUUACGCAGUUGUUGCUUUCACCUUGUUACGAUACCAUAGGUUUUCACAGGUUUACUACAGCAUGUACUACAUUUGGCAUUGGCUUCUCUUUGGAUGGAUACCUUUAUUUUAUUUUGUUCUAAAUCCAAUGUUUAGAAAACCAAAAAGUAAUGCAAGUCAAGAACCAGAAAAAACUACAGAAGAAAAAAAGACAGAAUAAAGUUAGCAUACAUUAAUUCUUGUCAAUAUUCCAAAUUGAGAUAUCAAAUAAUUUUCUAUCAAUUGUUUACUUUUGUUUGAAGAUAAACUUGGCAAUGUGAACUUGCAACUAUAGUAUAAUAGUACUAGAACUGUAAAUGACUGAAUUUUAUCAAGUGUCCUUUUCUCAUAAAAUACAUAAAGUGAAUAAAGUCUAUGAAGAAUUUAAAAGGUUGUGUCAGAUGAAGUGAAUUGAUAUGCAGUUGAUACGAUUUUUAAAAAAGAAAGUCUAAAAUACUAAGAUGCAAUUUUAAAUGACUUAGAAUUUUUUGUUUUUGAUUAAUGAAAUUAGUAUUACAGUAGUGUGUCAGCAGUGUAUUUCUCUGUAUAUGCUACCAUACCACCACUAGUUUGGUUGUGUUAGUCAAUGUUUUUUGAAUGUUACACUGUACACUUUCUUAUAUAUUGGUAUAACUAUAUAUUAGAUUUUUCCUGAGUGUCAAUCAACCAAAUCUACUGACCAAUAGGGACUGGGCCAGGAAUAAGCGCAUGCCCUACAAACACACUUAUUAACGUACACUUACGUUUUUUUGGGAGGGAAACUUAGCGGGGAUCAGCGGACUGCCCUUUGAGAUGUAAGCAAGCAGCCCUCGAUAAAAAUGUUUAAAUUAUUAUACUUCAAAAUCUGAAGGUGCUGCCCCCAGAUAUUUUUUGCUCCUAUUAAUUGAUUAGUUCAUUAUGCAUGUUUGUACGGUGUUGGCAAGGUAAGAGCGCCCCCUAGAGACAAUUACAGUAUGCAAAUUUGUGACAAAUAUAGAGUAAAUUACUAAUUUUGUGUUGAUGAAUGUACAGUAUUGAAUUGUGAAAAGCAAUAUUAAAAGUGACCUCGAAAUAAUA